AUGCGAGGAGAGAUAUGUGUAGGCUCUGCUUCUUUUCUCUCACUAGUGUCAUUGCUAUGCCUCAUUUUCAUGCAUGUCGGUCAAAUAAACACGUCGUCUGUCCCUCGAGGCAUAUCCAUGAUUAACGUCAACAUGUCUGGCUAUGGACAAGGACUUGCAGGCGCCCUUGGAGAUCCUAUCGAGGGUCUCUAUACUUCGAAUGCUUCCGCACCACUCCAGAAGGGGGCAGGGCUCCGCAAGAACUACGACUUUGGCCUUUAUUCCUAUUGUGCCUACGUUAACGCCAGCCAUGGCAUUUGUUCCGUCCACUUCACGGCUAAUCGUUUCCAACCUUACGAAGAUAUAACGGCCGACAUGUCCGCUAACUACUCAAGUCUCACUGAUGCCCUCAUAACGGAUACCAAAUUUAUUGACUCGUCAUAUCUUGGUUCCUUCUCAAACGGAGCUUGGUACCUUCUGCUCAUCGGAACCAUAUGCACUGCAUUGGCUUUACUCGUCGGAUUGAUGAAGCAUCCCCUCGCAUUCGUUGCAUCGACUAUUUUUGCAAUCAUUGGUAGCUUGAUGCUGCUCAUAGGUGCGACCAUUUGGACCGUUAUCAUCAAGAAAGCCGAGUCCGUCAAUGGCAUUUUGGUUGGGCCCGCCGCUUCGCCCGUGCCUCUAGGGAUCACAGUCUCUACGGGGAAUGCGCUUUAUCUUUUGUGGGCUGCGUUCGCGACCCUCAUAGUGUCUAUACUGCCGUACAUGAUCAGUUGCUGUACAUACCGUGGAUAG